AUGACCUUCUCUCAAACGGCUCUUUUCUCUAAACUCUUUGGGGUUCUGUUUUCCGUCUCCUCGUUUGAGACUUUUCCUGCUCCUGUAGAGAGAUCUCUGGAGGCUAAUAGCAGUAGGGAUAGUAUCCUCACCUACUCUGAUACACAUCACUUCGCAUAUAAUAUUUACAAAGGGGAAGAAGGAAACAGGGAGGACCAUGGAUUCAAGAAAUCAAAGGCCAAGAUGGGGGUUAGUAGAUUCAGGAAGAAAAGGAAGAAAAAAGAGUUUCAAUGGGUUCCUCCUAAUGUGAAAGAAAGGACCCAUCGCAGAGUAAUGGAAGAGAGAUGGAACAGGAGAAGGGUAAGUGUUAUAGCAGAAGAAGAUUUGGCGGUUGUUCUGAAUCUGCCAUCGCCGAACAUUGAGCCAAGAGCAGGAGUAAAUAUAGAGGCAGAGAGCAUACCUUUUCCUAGUAGCUUCAGUAAAGAUGAUGGAACAUAUGGAAAUAGGGAUAACUACCAAAGAUUGGUGGGAGUAAAUCCUCUGUCUUUAAGAGGUAUUGUUAAUAAGAGGGAAGGAAGGAGAGAAGCAAAGCUCACAAAUUUAAGAGCUUCUGGAAAAUACUUCUUAUAUCCCUCGCCUAAUCUGCAUCUUCCCAGCAACACCCCAAAACAGAGCUUUUCCUCACAUCUAUCGCCUUCUAUACCUGAACCAAAAAGCCUCCCAAAGCAGAGUCCUAUCUUUCACAUCUCUUCAACCCUACGUACCCACAAAAAAAAACCGAAACAGAACCCAUCCUCUCAUUCCCCGCUUGCUCUACCGUUUCCCAAAAUUCUCACAAAACAUAGCCUCCACCAAACUAACAGGAACCUGAUCGAUAUGGAUAUCAACGCCCUUGCUGAGACAGUCGGUCGCUUGAGCACGGAGCGAAGCAAACCCUCAUCAUCUGGAGGCAGAGGGGACCGUCCCAAGCUCACUAUCAAUGCUGGGAGAGGUAUCUCAAUGUUGUUGGGGAAGAUGUUAAGUGAGAACAAAGUUGCCUUGGCGAAGGCAGCAGGGGCUGCAAGGUAUGCCUGGGGGGAGUAUGGUGAAAUUGGAGUCCAGCCAACCCAAUCUCAGAACCUCUUCAUCUUCACCUUCAAGGAUGCCAAAACACGAGAAAGGAUAUGGCUCGAAAGACCCUGGAGUCUCUCCAACACAAUGACAGCAGUGGAGAAGUGUGAAGGAAGAGGAGAACCCAAAGAUGUCCCUAUGAAUAAACUUGCAGUUUGUGUGCAGAUUCAUGGUCUUCACCAAAACCAAAGAAGCGAACAGAACAUCAUAUCCAUUGGUACCUUCUAUUUCAAAAAAUUCAUUGAUAUGGAUAGGGCUAGUAUCCAUUUCAAUGGAUAUAGAAGAUUUGUUACGAUGUUGGCUGAAGUUGAUCUCUGCGAACCGGUUCUGACGGGGUUCAAUUUUCCAUCCACUGAUGAAGCCACAGGAAGAGAUUACUGUGAAGUGAUUUCAUUCAAAUAUGAAAGGUUGGUUGAGCUGUGUUAUUUCUGUGGGCGAAUUGGUCACAACUGGCCGACUUGUUCAAGAAUGAAGGAAGAAAGAAAGAAGGGAGGAUAUGUCCAGCUGUCGGAGAUCUACACUUCUGAGCUCAAAGUGGGGAUUGACUCUCCCUACAGAUCGAGAGGAAGCAGGGGCCGUACAGAAGAAGAAGAACCAAGAUAUCACAGCUCCGACCCUGAUUCUUGGAGGAAACAUUAUAGUUCUGGUGAUUCUUAUUUUUGCAGGGUAGAAACAGAGGGAGUAGAGCUCACCAAGACAGGAGAGGUGGGCGGAAAUCAUCCCGUGAUUCCACCGGGCUUCACCAUUCGUCAAUUUGAGGAGGAGGCUAGGGAGGAGGAAAGGAACAAUGUUGGGAGACUGAAGAGAAGGUACACGGAGGAGAUGGGGGCAAUGGACCUAACGGUGGAUAUGGAGUCGGUGGCGGCUAUGUUACAGGGGAGGUUGAGGAUCGAAGGGGAAGAAGGGAGCCGAAGUCAGAUGGACAGGAGAUACCAGAUGGGCUCCCAACUAUCCCUCGGGCCUAGCUUCCCCAACUUUCAAGCCCAAUGGAACACCAAUUUGGAGCCCAACCAAACUAACUUGCACAUCCAGAGCCCAUAUCAACAUAACCAGGAGGAGUUGGAGGGAGAAGUGGGCCGAACAUUAAAGAAAAGGAAAGGGUUGUCUUUCAUAAGCCCAAGAGGGGCUGAACAUGGUUUUAAUGAAGGGGUCUGUCUCAAUUUGAGCCCAACCAAUUCUGGGUUUGCUGAGGGGGUGAGUGGAAGGGGAAAAAAGAAGAAACAACACAAGUUUAAAGCCCACAAGACCAAUGGAGGCAUUCGUGAGGAAGAAGAAAGUGUCACAACGGCAGCGGUGGUUCGCCAUAAGCCACAUCACAUCCCAUGA